AUGUGGUCCAUUACAAGUCAUGAAAGUACCUAUCACAUGGUACUUUUAACACUUGGUACAAUCUCAACAAUCUACGUUUCAUAUAAAGUGUUAAGUUUACCGGUACCAGUCCCUGAUCCUGAGAUUGAGCAACUUUAUCAACCUCCAUCGACAUUACCAGUUCUUGGAAAUACUUUGGAUCUUUUGUUCUUUCAUCGUUCUCGUUUAAGUGAUUGGAUCAAUGAACAAACAAAUGCAAGUAAUGGAAAACCAUGGCAAUUGAAAUUAUUGUUUCAACGUCCUUGGAUUGUAUUGUCCAUGCCUCAAGAUCUUCAUGAUGUUUUUGUUGAUAAAUUUCAUGUUUUUGAAAAAGGUGGAACACUUGGAGAAAUGUCAUUUGAUGUUUUAGGUCAUGGAUUAUUAAAUGUCAAUGGUGAACAAUGGGCUCAACAACGUCGAGCUGUGACUUCACUUUUUUCAAGUCGAAAUCUUCGAAAGAUGAUGAUUCCGGUACUUUAUGAAAAGAUACGACAAGUUGAAAAUGUGUUGACAUCUGCUGCAUUGAAUCAAGAUAUUGUGAACUUGAAAUCAUUAUUGAAUCAAUUUACAGCUCAUGUUUUUACUCGUAUUGGAUUUGGAAUUGAUUUCAAAGAAUUUCAAGAUGAAGAAGAGAUUCAUCCAUUGGAUAUUGCACUUAAUGCUGUUCAAUAUCGUUUUCAAACACCAAUGUGGAUGUGGAAACUCUCUCGUUGGUUGAAUAUUGGAACGGAAAAACGUCUUCGAGAAAGUAUGAAACAAGUUCAAAUGAUGGUACGAAAGAUUCUACUACAAACGAUGAACAAACAAACUCUUUCUGAAGCUACAAAUUUAUUGACAUUAUUACUUCAAGAGACUGAAAGUAUCACUCCACAAGAACUUCAAGAUACAGCUGUCAAUUUCUUUAUAGCUGGUAAAGACACGACAUCUUUUAGUCUUUCGUGGCUUAUCGUUAUGUUCAAUCGUUAUCCUUAUGUUGUUAACAAAGUUCGUCAAGAGAUUCAAGAAAAAAGUCGAGAUUUUUAUUCUGGAAAACAUGAAUUUCCAACAUUUGAAGAAAUUCAAGAAUUUGUGUAUCUCGAUGCAGCAGUGAAAGAAAGUGUUCGUCUUUGGUCUGUUUCAACUUAUCGAUAUGCUACUCGUGAUACAACACUUGAAAGUGGUACAUUCAUUCCAAAAGGAACGAUCAUUGUCGUUUCAAAAUAUGCUGCAGCACGACGUCAAAGUGUUUGGGGACAAGAUGCUGCUGUUUAUCGUCCUGAACGUUGGUUUGAUGAAUCAGGAGCAAGAAAAGAGAUUGUACCACCAGAAUUCAUUACAUUUAGUACAGGACCACGCAAGUGUAUGGGGAUGCGUUUAGCAAUGAUUGAAAUGAAAUUAGUACUUGCAGUGCUUUUCACUCGUUUUGAUAUUGAAACAGUAGAAGAUCCAUGGAAUAUUACGUAUGAUCUAUCGUUCAUGUUACCAGUAAAAGGACCAUUGGCUGUACGUGUGCGUAAACGUUAG